AUGUCGGCGGGGGCGAGGCUGCCAGGAGUCAUCCUCCUGCUAGCCGCAGUCAUCCUACUCGCGCUCGUGUCCUUCAACACACCGCUACUCAAGAACUUCUACUUUCUCCAGGCCGACUUCACUGCUGGCCAGUACAAGGGUGUCCUUCGCCUAGGGACCCUUGGCUUCUGCACAACUGGCGACAUUGAGGAGUGUGUAGGGCCUCAGAUCGGAUACUCGUUUGACCUCAACACGGUCCUCAACAUCCCGAAGAGCCUCAUCAAUAUCCCCCCAGCAGUCUCCAAAUACUUAACCUAUGUGUUGGUGCUGCACAUUGUUGGGCUGGGGUUCGCGGGCAUCGGCCUGAUCAUUUGUCUCAUCGACCUCAUCCCAGGUUUCAACCUCCUGUGCUUCCCGACCUGCAUGGCGUCGCUCGCGUCGACGGCAACAUUAAUCGCAUUCAUCUUCGAUCUCGCCAUCUUCUUCAUCGCCAAGGGCGCGAUCGGGAAAAUGUCUGGUGCGAGUGCGCAAAUCGGUGCGGCCGUGUGGAUGACCCUAGCUGCGUGGGUAUGCUGCUCGGUCGCCAUAUGCACGUUCGGUAUGGCCAACUGCUGCUGCAACUUUGGAAGUGGCCGCCGCCGCGAGGAGCGCAAGAGAAGGAAGGACCGCGACCCCGACCUCGACGAGGAAGAAGACUACUUCAAGAGCCGCCGCGAUCGGGACAUGCGGAUGCACGCGAUUCGUGACGAGGAGCGUCGCAAGUACGAGCAAGACCUGCCUUCCUUCCAGCCGUACGAACGCGAGCCUCUCAAUCCCGGCCCACCCGAGGACAAGUACCUAUACGACGAGACAGCUGCCCGCGGCGUCGGCGUACAGGGCGUCGGCAUGGGCUAUGGACGCCGCGGCGGCGCGCCCAACCCGUACGCACAGGCUGCCCCACCGACGGGCUACGGGCAGAACCUCGGCGUGCAGCGGCAACCGUCAACGGGUAGCUCGAUGCUCACUGCCGGCAACGCGGGCGUGGGAGCUGGCGGCGAGGGCGUGGACGAGCCACGUAACGAGUAUGGCUACGCCGGCCAGCGGGAGCAGAUGGGCGACAACUAUUAUGAUCCCUACGCCCAGAACCAGCCGUACGGGCAGCAGUACGGACAGUCGGGGUACGACUACAGCAACCAGGGGCCGACAUACCCGCUCGCUGCCGCGGCUGGUAUGGCGUCUCCUCCACCCCAGCGCGGGCCCCAUGAUGAUUUUCGCGGUGGCCCGGGGUCGUCUGACAGCCACCAUUACCAGGACCCUGGGCCGAGAGUCCACGCGGCUUCGUCCGAUCCGUACCACAAUACGGGGUAUGAUGACGGGCUCGGUGCGAUUGGGCGCGCCGCGACGUCACCAACAGGCGAGCGCCAGUACACUGGCGCGCAGGGGUAUGGGACGCCGCCGCCACUGAGCAUUCCACAGGAACCGGCGCCAGUGCAGGUGCCGACGCCGCAGCGCCUCAUCAACCCGCAUCAGCAUACCAUCCUGCAUAGCCCAGAAAGCGAGUACCCGCCCCACGGGGCGUUUAAUGAUUACGCGCCCGAGAUUGAGGCGGCUGGUCCGCCCAGCUAUGGCCAGGCGACAGGGCCGUCGACGUACAACGUGGCAUCGUCGUCGUAUAACGCCGCGCCAUCGACGUACCCGCAAGAGAAGAGGUAG